AUGGCAAAAUUACUCUGUCUAGUCAUUCUUCCCUUGAUCACUAUUCUGCCAUGCUCAUAUGCUUUGCCGCAGUUGACGCUCAGGACCGGCUCAUCCUUGUCUGUCGAAGAGCAUGAGCAAACCUUCCUCACCUCACGAAAUGGCGAUUUCUCCUGUGGCUUCUACGAAAUUGGAGGGAACGUCUUCUCCUUCUCCAUCUGGUUCACCAACAGCAAGGAGAAGACCGUCGUGUGGUCUGCGAACGCCAAGUCUCCGGUGAAUGGCCAUGGCUCCAAGGUGACACUGAGCCGUGAAGGUAACCUGGUCCUCACUGACGUCAAUGGCACCGUGAAUUGGGAGGGCAGGACGAGCUCCGGCAAGGGCACAGCAGCUGUGCUGCUUGAUACCGGCAAUCUCGUCAUCAGAGAUUCCACUGGAGCGAAGCUGUGGCAGAGCUUCUGGGAGCCUACGGAUACCUUGCUUCCAUUGCAGCCUCUCACCAAAGGUAUAAGACUGGUCUCCGGUUAUUACAACCUCUAUUUUGACAAUGACAAUGUGCUACGCCUCAUGUAUGAUGGGCCAGAGAUAUCCAGCAUCUAUUGGCCAAGUGCAGAAUACAAAUCGUUCGACGUAGGGAGGACUAGCUACAAUAGCUCCAGGAAUGCAGUCCUUGACACCGAAGGUUAUUUCCUCUCAAGUGAUCUGUUGAGCAUCAAAGCUUCUGAUUGGGGUGCUGGAAUAAAGAGAAGGCUGACACUUGGUUAUGAUGGGAAUCUCAGGAUGUACAGUCUGAAUGAGUCGGAUGGGAGCUGGAUUGUCUCGUGGCAGGCCAUAGCAAAAAUGUGCGAUGUGCAUGGGCUAUGUGGAAAGAAUGGUAUAUGUGAGUUCUUGCCAAGCUUCAGGUGUUCUUGUCCUCCAGGAUACACGAUGAGAGAUCCAACGAACUGGGGCAGAGGUUGCCAGCCACUAUUCAGUAAGAACUGUAGCAAAGAAGAAGAAUUUGUGUUUGUCAAGCUCGCUCAGACUGACUUUUAUGGAUUCGAUCUGACCUACAAUCAAUCCGUUUCACUUCAAGAAUGUAAGAAGACUUGCCUGGACAUCUGCUCCUGCUCAGCUCUUACAUACAAGACAGGAUCUGGACUUUGUUACACCAAAGCCGUACUCUUCAAUGGCUUCAGCUCCCCAAAUUUUCCAGGUGAUAAUUACAUCAAAGUGCCCAAGAAUAUGGUUGCCAAACAGUCCAGUCUCUCAUGCAACCGAAGCGCAGAAAUUGUACUAGGACCUGCAAGUAUGUAUGGAAUGAGUGGUACAAAUAAAAAUUAUACAACCUAUUAUGUGUUUGCAGCAGUAUUGGGAGCUCUAGUGCUAAUCUUCACAGGCACAAGCUGGUGGUUUCUUUACAGCAGGAACAACAUACCCAAGUCAAUGGAGGCAGGCUACAGGAUGGUAACAAGCCAAUUCAGGAUGUUCAUGUACCGAGAAUUAAGGGAAGCAACUGGAAAGUUCAAGGAAGAGAUUGGAAGAGGAGCCUCCAGUAUUGUUUACAGAGGAGUACUAGAAGAUAAGAGAGUGAUAGCAGUGAAGAGGCUAGCAAAUAUUUCACACAGUGAGGAGGAAUUCUGGGUUGAAAUGAGUAUAAUUGGAAGGAUCAAUCACAUGAACUUAGUAAGGAUGUGGGGUUUUUGCUCUGAGGGUCAACACAAGCUACUAGUGUAUGAGUAUGUGGAGAACGAAUCACUAGACAAGUAUCUAUUUGGUAAUGUAAGUGCUGAGAGGCUGCUAGCAUGGAGCCAGCGAUUCAAAAUAGCUUUGGGAACAGCAAGAGGUUUGGCCUAUCUCCAUCAUGAGUGCCUUGAGUGGGUAGUCCAUUGUGACAUAAAACCAGAAAACAUACUCCUGACCCGAGAUUUUGAAGCAAAGAUAGCUGACUUUGGACUGGCCAAACUCUCACAGAGAGACAGCACCAGUUUAAAUUUCACACAUAUGAGGGGUACAAUGGGCUACAUGGCACCAGAAUGGGCGUUGAACUCACCAAUCAAUGCAAAGGUCGAUGUCUACAGUUAUGGCAUUGUUCUUCUUGAGAUUGUUACUGGAAGUAGGAUAUCAAGUGGGAUAAAAGUGGAUGGGAAGGAUGUGGAACUCAGAGAGUUUGUGCAGGCAGUGAGACAUAUUCUGGCUAGUGGGGAUAUCAAGGAUAUAAUUGAUAGUAGACUGAAUGGGCAUUUCAAUCCUGAACAAGCAAAGGUAAUGGUGGAAGUUGCUAUAUCUUGUCUUGAAGAAAGAAGCAUCAGGCCUACAAUGAAUGAAAUUGCAAAAGCCUUCCUUUCAUGUGAUGACCAAGACGAUCACCCAGCCUACUCAUGGUGACCUGUAAUAAGCAUAAUCUUUCAUUUUGCAGGAUGGAGAUUAGCUAGUCAGUUUAGCAUGCACAAACUUAAAGUCAUAAACGAUUCUUGUUAGAGAAAAAUAUUUAGAUCCUUCUGUAAACCCAUCUCAGGACAGUGGCAAGUUAUUUUAUUCAAAUGUAAAACUCAGUUUUACAUUAUAAGAUAUGGUCCCCCUAGAUCCAUGUGGAUGCUAAUGAAUGUGGACACAUAUAAAAUUAUGGAGUAAAUUGCAC